AUGAUGCAAGACGAUCAUGAGCAACAACACAGGUCAUCCUCUUCGGAAACCACCACUCCGAUGAAUCGAGAUUAUUACAUUCAAUACUACACACAAAAACUACAGGCCAUGGCCAUUGAAAGACAAAAUCAAGCACUUUCUCAAGUUGAACAACUUUUCCAACAUCAACCUCAUCUUGUUUCAGAAUUGAUUCAUUCCGAAAUGGUUCAAGCAUUUCUCAACCCAGUCCAUCAAUCUUCUCUCAUGAUAGCACCAAGUAUAAAGUGUUUAAAAACACUCAUUGUUAUACUCACGACGGUUCAUAUUCUUAUACAGCAAGUCUCAUCAGCACCAUCGGAAGAACAACAAUUACUCAAUCAGGAACAAGCCUUGUUGCAAUACUUUAUAUCGAGUGGAUGUCGUAAUAAUAUGGAAAUGUAUCAAUGGUUGAAAGGAAUUCAACAAUCCAUGAUGAACAUGUUGGGAUUGGAAAAUCAUUCGGAACAAGAACAACAGCACUAUCAACAACAAGCUCUGUAUUGGUACAAGGCCCUGGAAAGGUAUUUUGAUUUGGUUCUCUUUCCAGAAUUGAAGAAGAAUAUAUCAAUAAUUAUGUACGACCAUCUACGACAUCAACGAGCAAUCAAACGGAUGAAAAGAAGGCUUUUGUGUUUUUAUUAUUUGAAUUUGUGGACGCUAUUCACACCAUUUUAA